AUGGAGUCCCAAGACGGAAUAUCCGUCCGCCCUAUGAGGCUGAAAGUACUUUAUACCUUUGACGACGAAAGCAAAACACACUGCCUGGCUCGGUGGCCGCAGCUGCUGGAUAUUCAGACGGCUUAUUUGGAUGAAAAGACUCAAAUAGGGGUUAUUGAACUGAAGACCUGCAUUCAAGCCAUCGUCUCUGCCAGUCCGGAACUGGUUGCAAAACUCGGUCAUGAUUACACCGUCUAUGCAUACGAUUACUCUGAGUACGAGACGCCCUUGGUGGGGCAGGGAAUGCUAUCAUGGGUUCUCGCCUCAGCUUCACCCACCCCCAAUGCCCCGGCACAUCAGUCCCAGACUAUGGUCACCGGUCGUGUGUGCAAGAAUGUGCUAGGUUUAUUCACAAAGGGUGCGCAGGAGACCUUGGAAGUCAAGCUGCGCCUAGUUCCCGUGCCGACGGUUCUGCAAAGUGAAUACCUGGAGAGCAUGCAGAAAUACAGAGAGCUUAGCAAUGUCAUUCCACAUGAGUUUGAUGCUCAGGUCUGGACCAACUUCCUGCGCCAGAACCCAAACCUGCUGUCCUACACCAAAUCUCAGCAACCCGAACGCACUACCUCCCCCAUCAGCCACUCUGGCAUUGAGAAGUUCCAUCAGCUGCUCUGUGAAGGCUCAACUCCCAGGGAAUUGCCCUCCAUUCACCCUAAUGAUCAGUACCGAUCGGCAUCUCCCUCUCAGUCCAUUAUCGUUCCUCCUAGUCGAGUCUCGACUCCCGGUGGACAACAUUCGUCGAGCCGUCAGCAGCAGCAGCAGCAGCAGUCGGGCGGAGCGCCGAGUGAUCUCAUUCGACCCGAAUCUAGCGCUUCGAUGCGGGACGCUGACUUCCAGUCUCGCCCCUCUCUAGCCCGCCGGGAUUCGAUGCAAUCUGGCUACGGUAGUGGCGAGGACUCGGCGGAACCCCCACGAAAACGCGCCAAGCUGUACAGAGCCGACUGGCCUGGUAAGUCCGACUACAAUAUCGAAAGGCAGCCAAGCUCGCUGCGAGUUGCGGCAAGCACCGCUGCAUCGGUCCGUAUCCAUCGUCCAACACCCAUGAACCCCUCGAUCGCUGCUGCCCAGCAGUCUGGAGACGAACCUGUUCGCCCCCCCACGCCCAUCUCUCGCCCAACAGACUUGUCACGCAGAGUCCGUUCGACCCCCAGCCUGCUCCGUGAAGCUUCCAGCCAGAGUCUAGUGCAAUAUACAUCACCGUAUCCCAUGAGUGAUGACCAACCCCCCGAAGAUCCGGCCACGACCUCUCCUGAAGAGGUUCGCUACCAAGGACUCUUUGAGCCUUCGUUCAGCAUGCCCUCGUCUCCCCCUGUCAUGGAUUGUGGGUUUCCUCCUAGGUCGAGCCCUGUCUUGCCCCCAAUGGUUAUGGACCAGGACUCCGGUUUCAUGAGUGGUGGCUUGGAGGAUCUACUGGAUAAUGAGGCCGACACGCCCGGGGACGAAUGCCAGGGUGCAGUAUCCAAUAAGCCAGCCAACAGCCAGGGCACUGCGAGACAGACAACAGUAUCUCAAGCCAACUCUCCCGAUGAAACUCGGUCAGCCUUGGGAAAUUCCAGUAGGCCGUUACAGCUCAACACUGGCUUCGCUGGACUUACACCAAAGGAAAUGUCCCCGACACUUCCUCGCCCCCCGUUGAGCAGGACUAACUCCAGACCUUCUUCAAGAGCGGGAGUGAGACCGACGCCAAAACCCUUGGCCCCGGCACCCAUGUCCCAAAGCGAGGUCGAGCAGCUGAUGAGUUCGUUGCCUGCUAGCGAUCCAGUUAUUCCAGGUCAGCUACAGCACUCACACUCUUGGGCAGGCCCGAUGAGUGACUAUCCUACCGUGGCCACACCUGCCCCGCAGCCGAUGGAAGAAGUCAAGGUUAGGAGUGGAGCAGGUGCACGACGAUUGCGUCAAGUCCAAGCACGUCUAGAUCAGUGCAUCAAGAAUGGGAAAGCUCCUCCCUUCUGUGAAAAUUGCGGCGCGAUCGAAACCCCCACCUGGCGCCGAGCCUGGUCCAAGGAAAUCGUGGGCAGUGAGCAGCAUGCCAUCGAAUUCGUUAAGGAUCCGACCAUUUUGUUCUGGCAGGCGCUGGAAAGAGACGACAAUGACAAUGUCACCAAAUUCAAGCUCUAUAAGAAAAGCCUUGUUGAUGAGGAUAAUGACUUUGUCCAGGUCCUCCUCUGCAAUCCUUGUGGUCUCUGGUUGCACAAGUUCAAAACUAUGCGCCCUGAGAAUAAGUGGAACAAGCACCCAAAAGAUAAAAGAAAACGGCCUUCAAGGAACCGCAAGGGGGGCCCGCUUUCGAACGGCAAUGCUUCCACUAGAAGCCGCAGCAAAACUCAAACCCAUAAGCCAGCAGAGUCUUCACCUGGCCCUAGCGAUGCCUCUUCGCCGCCAGGUGAAGAUGGUAUUACCCCUCGUGUCGACAACGAAAACGACAAUGACGAUGACAUUCAAGAGUCGCUGUCGAAACGUCGCCGAGCCAAUAGUAUGGAGCCCCGUCGUUCUACUGACACGGUUCAGAGUCAUUGGGAAGAGCACGAUGCGAUGGAGGCUUUGCGCAGGGCUAUCCAAUCCAGCCCCGCUCGAAACAUGGAUAAGCGCCCUGUGCCAACAGCAGGGGAGGAUCUUACACCUCAACCAGUAAGGAGAGCCUUAUUCCCGCACUCUCAAAGCGAUGGCCCGUUGAAACCUCUCGAGGAAUCGAUGACGAAUAGCCCGCGACGAAGCCCUCGCUCUGGUUUUCAGCAAAAGGCAGACAAGAGUGCCCGAGACAAGGAAAAUCUGGGUAGCUUCGAUGACCUCUUUGAAAGCCCGAGCUUUCAGUUCGAUACAUUGUCCAGCCCUACACCCAAGAGACGUGCCCGCCCUAGCUUCCUAGAGAAACGGCUAUCCUUACCUGGCGUUUCUCCCACGAAGCGGAAGAAUGGCAAACUCGACAUGUCUCCCGCGAGACUCGCUGCGGAGAGGCUUCAAAAUGCCAACAAGCAAUCUCGCAAUGACUUGUCCGGCCUUGCCGCGUUGCAGAGUGAAGUCAUUGGCCCGGAGAACUUGGAGGCUAUCGAUAACAUCAUUAUGGACAUGUUGGAUGACAACGCCGCCUCUGUCACGAUGCAGAGAGAUGGCCUGUAUCCCCAAGCUGUCAACGACUGGACAGACUGGCUCCCGUCAAACUAUGUGUCUCCCGCCGGCUCGGACGACGAAAACAUACCUGCCGGUGGAAACUCCAUUGCUCAGGAAGAUACCGAUGACCUCAUCAAUGCGAUCUUGUCUGACCCGGACGUUCACAAAGAGAAUCUGCACAAUUCUCAAUUCAACCCCUUCAUCUCUGUGCUCGACUCUGGAUUUUUCAGUUCCGACUCGUUGAAUAACCAGGAUCUCACGGAGAUCGGCCCUAAGGACGAUAAAUCAACGUAUCACCCUGGUGGCAAAAAACAGCCCGCUGAUAGUCAAGACCUUUCACCCUCCAAGGAAGGCUUGGCUGUCAUCAUUGGGCCCUAA